AUGAUGCACCUCUCAAAACAAGUUUUUUUGAUUAGUCAAAUCCUUGCAAAAAUACGUAAGCCCUAUUCUGAUGGUGAGGAAGUUAAAGAAUGUUUGUGUGUAGCCUCAGACAAUAUGUUUCCUGACAAAAAGAAACUAGUUGAAAACAUAAGCCUUUCAGGAUAUAAUGUUGCUAGAAGAAUAGACAGUCUUUCAGGGAAUAUUGAAAGUACAAUUGCCAAGCGAGUUAGUGCUUUUUCUUCAUACUCUGUUGCUCUUGAUGAGAGUUGUGACACUGCAGACACUGCACAACUGGCUGUGUACAUUAGGGGAGUUGACAAUGACUAUAAUAUUACAGAGGAAAUGGCUUCACUACAAAGCAUGAAGGGGGCCACAACAGGACAUCUAUUUUUGAUGAAUUGGAAAAAGUAUUGGCAAGGUUUGGACUGA